AGGUCAACAGAAAUUGAUUGUCUUUGACACCACUCUAAAGUUAUUGUUCUAACAACCAUGCAUCGUAUUUUAAAAUAGCUAAUUCAUGAAGCUCAUCUUCUAGUUAAUUUUCUCCUCUAUAAACUCUAAUAUAUUUCUAAUCUCCAUGACCACCAACUCAACCAAACUCACUUUCCUCACCACCUCUAUAUAUACACAACCCAAAAGCUCCAUUCAACACCCACUCAAUUGGAGCAGCUUCAGUUUCACCCCCAUUUGAAAUCUCUCUCUCACUUUCUUCCAGAAAAAAAAAAAACAAAACAAAAGGAGAGAGGGAUCACAUAGUGAAAAUGGGUGUUCUUCUUCUUUCAUCACCAGCAUUUCCUACAUUCUUUCUCUUCUCUCUCAUAGCAUUAUGUCUCGUUCCUCAGUAUGCUCUUGCAAGCAUAACGAGGCACUACAAGUUUGAAAUCAAACAGCAAAAUGUGACCAGAUUGUGCCACACAAAGAGCAUUGUAACAGUAAACGGCCAGUUUCCCGGGCCUCGAAUUGUUGCUAGGGAGGGUGAUCGCCUCCUUAUUAAAGUGGUUAACCAUGUCCAACACAACAUCUCUAUCCAUUGGCACGGCAUUCGACAGCUUCGAACAGGGUGGGCUGAUGGGCCUGCAUAUGUGACCCAAUGUCCCAUACAAACAGGCAACAGCUAUGUGUACAACUUCACCAUUGUAGGCCAAAGAGGCACUCUUUGGUGGCAUGCUCACAUUUCAUGGCUAAGAUCAACUCUUUAUGGCCCCAUAGUCAUCCUUCCCAAGCUUGGUGUGCCUUACCCAUUCACUAAACCCUACAAGGAGGUUCCGAUCAUCUUCGGAGAGUGGUGGAAUGCAGACCCUGAGGCAGUCAUUAAGCAGGCCUUGCAAACAGGAGGAGGGCCAAAUGUUUCCGAUGCUUAUACCUUCAAUGGACUUCCAGGGCCCUUGUACAACUGUUCUGCCAAAGAUGCAUUCAAGCUAAAGGUGAAAUCUGGGAAGACCUACCUUCUCCGCCUAAUCAACGCAGCACUCAAUGAUGAGCUCUUCUUCAGCAUUGCAAACCACACCCUCAAAGUGGUAGACGCCGAUGCUGUUUAUGUCAAACCUUUUGAGACUGACACAAUUCUCAUUACCCCUGGGCAGACUACAAAUGUUCUGCUGAAGACCAAGCCCCAUUUCCCAAAUGCCACAUUUUUCAUGACUGCCAGGCCAUACGUGACUGGACUAGGCACCUUUGACAACUCCACUGUUGCUGGUAUUUUAGAGUACGAAUCACCCUCCAAAACCCUCCACUCAACCCUCCCAAUGAAGAAACUUCCACUAUUUAAACCAAUUCUGCCCGCUCUAAACGACACAUCCUUUGCAACAAAGUUCAGCAACAAACUCCGUAGUUUAGCCAAUGCACAAUUCCCGGCUAAUGUCCCCAAAAGGGUUGACAAGCACUUUUUCUUCACAGUAGGCCUUGGAACCAACCCCUGCAACAAGCAUAACCAAACCUGCCAGGGACCUAAUGGAACAAUGUUUGCUGCUUCAGUGAAUAACGUUUCUUUUGUAAUGCCAACCACUGCUCUACUCCAAGCCCACUUCUCCGGGCAAUCAAAUCGGGUUUACAGCUCUAACUUGCCAAGCAGUCCAGUGAUCCCAUUUAACUAUACAGGAACCCCACCAAACAAUACUAUGGUGAGCAAUGGUACAAAGCUAGUGGUACUUCCAUUUAACACUAGUGUGGAGUUGAUCAUGCAGGACACAAGCAUUCUUGGUGCCGAAAGCCACCCUCUUCAUCUGCAUGGAUAUAAUUUCUUUGUUGUUGGCCAAGGGUUUGGGAACUUUGACCAAAAUAAGGACCCUGCAAACUUCAAUUUGGUCGACCCUGUUGAAAGAAAUACCGUGGGUGUGCCCUCUGGUGGAUGGGUCGCUAUACGAUUUCUAGCAGAUAAUCCCGGUGUAUGGUUUAUGCAUUGCCACUUGGAGAUCCAUACUAGUUGGGGCUUGAAGAUGGCUUGGGUAGUCUUAGAUGGAAAGCUUCCCAACCAGAAGUUGCUUCCUCCACCGGCUGAUCUUCCCACAUGUUAAUGUUGGAAUCAACUCAAGCUGCAUUUUUUGGACGAGAAGCUGCUGUCAUUAUUUUGUGGCCCAUUUUUUAUUGCUAACAACUUAAAUUUGUCUUAUGUAUUGGUCAAUUAAUUAAGUUGAAAUAAUUCUUGUACUGAUUCAUAUGGAUUUUUUUGUUUAUUCAAAUUUACCCAUAUGGAGUUGAGUGAAGAAAAGGGGUGAGACCACAUAUCCUAAUGUAAGAGGCUCAAUAUGAAAGUAUGGAUUCUGUACAAUUUUUCUCCAGGCAUAUCUGAUAGAUACUUAUCU